AUGGAUAUGCUUUUGGUAUUAGGAGACAUUGAGGUCGCCCUGAGUCUUCAUAAAGAGAAGGAUAAGAAGAUGACAGAGACAAAGGGCGACUUGCUGCCCAAUGCUAUCGAUGUUAACUACGGUCUUCUCAACUGUGAACUGGAAUACCUUGACAAGAAGUCUCCCAAGUUUAAGGUGAUAGAAACAUACACCAAUAACACUGGGGGUGGUUGGAAACAUGCCAAGAUUCGCGAGGUGUUUAAGGUCUGCAGAGAUGGAGAGAGUUCCCGGUUUUCAGUCCAUGACAAGAUCACCAAUCGUAAGCUUCUGUGGCACGGUACAGAUGUGGCAGUGGUGGCGGUCAUCUUGAAAGGCGGACUGCGGAUCAUGCCCCACAGUGGUGGGUUUGUUGGCUCAGGAAUUUACUUUGCAUCGGAAAAUUCAAAAUCAUCCGACUAUGUGGGGACUGUAGGCACAAAGGGCAUCAUGUUUCUUAACGAGGUUGCCUUGGGAAAGGAAUAUCACAUGGACACGGACCAUCCGCACCUCAAGGCCGCUCCAAGCGGUUACGAUUGUGUAAUCGCACAGGGAAACACCGAACCGGUUAAACUAUGUGGAUUUGCCUUUAGUUUGACAAUCCAAUCUUGUACUUUUGCUGGAAAGUUACAAAUCAAGGUCCUAGUCAACAGCUAUGGCUGUGUCAUUGCUCUGGGUAAUGCUGAGCCUGACCCUAAGAAGAACACAACACUGACAUUAGAUGGCAAGAAGGUGGUGGUACCCCAGGGAAAGCCAAUCCGAAAUCCGGGAUGGAACCACAGUCAGUUCGGCCAGAGCGAGUACCUCGUGUACAAGGAGAGCCAGAAUCACAUCAGAUACCUCCUUCUCAUGGAUUUCUAA